UCGCUUGUGGAGAACAUCGCUCUACUCAGGCGGUUGUGUCGAUCGUGGCUCUCUCCAAUUAGAGAUCCUGGCCUAACCAUGGCGGAGAAGGCUCAGAAGAGUGUGAAGAUUGCUCCAGGAGCAGUUGUGUGUGUAGAAAGUGAAAUCCGGGGAGAUGUAACUAUAGGACCUAGGACAGUGAUCCACCCUAAAGCACGAAUUAUUGCUGAGGCCGGGCCAAUUGUGAUUGGUGAAGGUAACUUAAUAGAAGAACAGGCGCUUAUCAUAAAUGCUCACCCUGAUAAUAUCACCCCUGACACUGAAGAUCCAGAACCCAAACCUAUGAUUAUUGGUACCAAUAAUGUGUUUGAAGUUGGCUGUUAUUCCCAAGCCAUGAAAAUGGGAGACAAUAAUGUUAUUGAAUCAAAAGCAUAUGUAGGCAGAAAUGUAAUAUUAACAAGUGGUUGCAUCAUUGGGGCUUGUUGCAACCUGAAUACAUUUGAAGUCAUCCCCGAGAAUACGGUGAUCUAUGGUGCAGACUGCCUUCGUCGGGUGCAGACUGAGCGACCACAGCCCCAGACACUACAGCUGGAUUUCCUGAUGAAAAUCUUGCCAAACUACCACCACCUUAAGAAGACUACGAAAGGAAGCUCAACUCCAGUUAAGAACUGAGAACAGUAUAUGAAAGGAUAACACUUUGUCUUUUGAAAGAGCUGAAGUUGUUGAUAACACUCUUAGCAGUUCAUGGAACCUGUUGACUUUCUUUUGUAAAUUGAGUUUUGAAGAAAGUAAUAAAUAGAUUUUCAUUGUAACUGCCCCCUAUAAUUUAUAUAAAAUGUGUUAUUUUCCUAUAUCUUCACUCCUUUUAUGAUAAUUUACAAGUUUGUUUUUUUGUUAUAUAAAAUGUUAGCCAUAAAUUUUAGCUAUAUAUAAAAACUACCCAUCGUAAAGAGCAUAUUAUUGUGUAUUUCUAGUCUGGUAUACACUGAACUAAAUAAAAAUGUUGAUA